GAAACAGCUUCUACUCGUAUUAAUCGAUUUCGUGUUAUUAUUCGAAGAACCUGUCUGAUUUCACAAUUGUGUUUUAUAUAAAUAUUAUUUUGAGAAUAAAGUGAUAAUGUCUCUAACACGCGCUUCUAGAUUAUUGCAAGCACGGAUUAUACGUAUCCAUAGUGUUCCAGCAGUAUUUUAUCAUGAAAAUGUGGUUGAACACUACGAGAAUCCGCGAAAUGUAGGUUCACUUGACAAAAAAGAUCAGGCGGUGGGCACUGGUUUAGUUGGUGCACCUGCUUGUGGUGAUGUUAUGAAGUUGCAAAUCAAAGUAGAUGAGAACGGUAAAAUCAUUGAUGCAAAAUUUAAAACUUUUGGAUGCGGUUCAGCUAUAGCAAGCAGCUCAUUAGCUACUGAAUGGGUUAAAGGAAAAACCAUUGACGAAGCUGGGAAAUUAAAAAAUACCGAUAUCGCUAAGGAAUUAUGCCUACCUCCAGUAAAAUUGCAUUGUUCCAUGUUGGCUGAAGACGCUAUAAAAGCUGCACUUGCUGAUUAUAAAAUAAAGCAGCAAAAGAAAGAUAAAUAAUCUGAUUGUCUAAAAGUGUGUUAAGAAAUAUAAAUAUUAGCGUAGUUGUGUUUAUCAGAGAAUCAUGGAUUUUCAAACCUAUAUAUUAGCAGAUCUUCGUUCUCUGUUUUUAUUUGAUUAAAUUAAACGAUGGAAAAUUAUGAAAGCUGGAUGGAAAUCUGAAGUUAUAAUGGAGUAACGGUGAUAUUGGAUAACUGUAAUGUGAUAGAGUAUGAAACUUUGUAUAAAUACUAAGAUAUUGCAGAUAAUGAUUCAAAUAUAAAUUUAUUUCAUCAAAUA